AUGGCUGUAGAUGGUGGUCACAAAACACUGGUGGUGAUUGGAGGGGGAGCAGCAGGCUACUUCGGUGCCAUUCAAGCCGCCGCUAGUAGCACAAGUGGGUUGAACGUGAUCGUGCUCGAGGCAGCCAAGCUACCUCUCCAAAAGGUCAAGAUAUCAGGCGGAGGCCGGUGCAACGUGAUGCAUGACAGCGCAAAGGCGGUGUCGCUCAUCGCCAAAGGGUAUCCCAGAGGGAGCAAGCAACUCAUUGGGCCAUUUAAGUCUCUCUUCGGGCCGGAGGACGCCGCCGCGUGGUUCGGCUCGAGGGGGGUCAGGCUCAAAACGGAGGGAGAUGGACGCAUGUUUCCUGUCACGGACGAUAGCCAGACAAUCAUCGACUGCCUGGAAGAAGCCGCGCGCGAAGCCUCAGUCGAGGUCGUCACUUCUGCAAGAGUCACGUCCGUGCUCAAACGUCGAGCCGAACCCGCGGAAGCCGGUCCUGCCACCGAUGGCACCGAUGGUGUCGAAGCACAACCGCAGCAACAGCCGCCGCGGUUUGAGCUGGAGUUCGCCACGUUUCUCCGAGCUUUGCUGCUAGAGGUACCGCUUGCUUCGUUCGGUCCCAGUUCUAAUGGGAUGCGCGCUACUGUGGUAACUGUUUUUCGUUGGAAAAAUACUUGCGGAUACUUUUGUUUUAUCAAAGGCAGUCGGUAUUUUGGUUUCGGUGUGUCCACAAGCACAGCUCAACCAGGAACUCUCCGAGGUCGUUCUUCAUGCCGCUCACGGAUCUGUUUUCUUUCCUUGCAUCUGUCCUCCCAGAGCCUUUGUUUUUCUUCAUUUCUCUUUAGCGCUUUCUCGCCCCACGUUUCCUCCCGCUUCGUCAGGUUAGAAGGGUUGUCCGGGCUGUCGGUCCAAGACGCCGAGCUCAAGCUCUUCGCUGACGAGAAACCCGAGAGUUCCUCCGCCGCGAAGGCAGGAAGACCGGCCGGGAGCAGAGUCUCGGCGGAGGGAGAGGGAGGGGUUGGAGAGGACGAUGCUCGGCCGGGAGGGGCGGAGGCGGCGGCAGUAGCGGCAGGCAACGGCGAGUCUGCCGGCGGUGGCAAGAAGAAGAAGAGAAAACGGGGGAAGAAACAAGCGGCCGUUACGCAGCGAGGACCGCUCUUGAUAACGCAUACAGGGGUGUCUGGGCCGGCCGCGUUAAAGCUGUCGGCUUUCGGGGCGCGAGUGCUGAACGAGAGCGGCUACAGGGGUAGGCUCGUGGUGAACUGGAUGGCGGGCAACAACCCGAGCAAGGCAAGCUCAGCUCUUACCGUCCGCGCUUCGUUGCACGCCAGUUGAGACCAAUCCCUGCGGGCUCGGACUAAGACACGCAGACGAGUCGAUUGUGGUAGAGCUUUCGAAUCGAUUUAUUUUGAGCGGUGCGGGCCCUCGCUUCGUUUCCGGGAAUCAUGUUGUGAA